AUGGCAUCAACACUCGCAUCCUUAUGUCUUCAAGCAAUAUUUGAAAACUUUUCCACAUCAAAUGAGGAAACAGAAGGAGAAUAUACAUCGUUCAGAGACUACGAAAAAAAAGCUAGCAACCAAAUUCAUAACAAUAAAAUAUACGCCAAUCGACGUCAAUUACUCUAUUUUGCGCUGGUAAAUCGUCAUUGGUGUGAUAAUGCAAUCCCGUAUUUAUGGAAACGUCCAUUUCCUUUAUUAUCGGGAAUAUCAUUUAUCUCAACACUUUUGAGAUGCUUUGAAAUUGACAAACAUCCCAGACCAUUAUUUCAGUAUAAUUUAUUUAUCAAACAAUUGUCGUUGGAAUCUUUUAUGGAAGCUAUUGUUCGAUGGUCGAAAUCAAGUCAACAACGAAAAUCAGGAAAGGUUCCGAUUCCCAUCAUGUUACAAUCCCUUUUUCAUAAUUUGAUUGAUAGUAAAACAAAUUUUUAUCUUGAACUUGAGUAUGAGGACAAUAUAGUUUCAUCUCUAUAUGAAUACAAGAAUUGGAGUAUCUUUCAAAUACCGAACGCCAAAGAAUCAUUACGACAAUUACGUUAUCUAAAAAUUUCUAGUGCUCAAGACAUGCGGCUGCUCGAAUCCGCAUCAAAAAUAUGUCCCGAUCUUUCAGUCCUCGCCAUCAUUUCCGACAAUUUAAUUAACAGAGAACAUUCACAGCAAUGCGAACUUUUCGCUUGUCUUAACUCUUUUAAGCAUUUAAAAUUUCUUAGACUUGAUUGCGGACAAUACGCUUCACGUUCUUAUUGCGACAAUUUUAUAAUUGAACUUGCAAGAAAAUUACCUAAAACACUGGACACUCUCAUUAUCGAAGGGGACUUGAAAAUUUCAACACAUGCUUUGAGGCAAUUCUUACAUCGAUCCAAAGGAACACGUUACAAACUAUUAGGAUUCCCGCAUUCUAGAUGCAUUUCUGAUGCGCAUUUAGAUAUUGUCUUGGAGGCACUUAAUUCGUACACAGACAUCUCCAUUCAAAGGCUUAAUGUUUCCAAUGGAAUUUUGUCACAAAAUCAAGUGUGGAAAUUUAAAAAUCUGGGAAUUGAACUCAUCUCGUAA